CAUUCAAUCUGUUCUAGAAUGGCAAGCAUAUCUCCAACGAGGUUGAAAUACGUCGUACCUCUGAGACAUCCUGUCACUGUUUCUCCGACCGAACCUCGCGAGGCUUCCCUCAUUCGAUCGUCGGAUCGACCCUGCUUCGAUCCAUUGCCAAUGGGUAAUCCUGGUGAAUGUUCUUCUACUCAACUAAUUGAUGGAGAUGGCACAUUUAAUGUCGACGGACUGGAAAAUUUCAUCAAGGAGGUCAAAUUGAGGGAAUGUGGUCAUUCAUACGCCGUAGUCUCCAUCAUGGGUCCUCAUAUUAGUGGGAAGAGUACGCUGUUAAAUCAUCUAUUUGGCACCAACUUUAGGGAGAUGGAUCAUUUUAAAGGGAGGCAUGACUACAAACCGACUGUUUAGCUCACUCUUAUGAAGUAUUUGGAUUCGGAAAGUGCAAAACCAGUUUGGUGUUUUUCCAGGUCCCAAACCACCAGAGGUAUAUGGAUGGCAACAGCUGCUGGCAUGGAACCGUGUACCCUGGUUAUGGACUUGGAGGGAACUGGAGAAGGAGAGGACAAUACUGCUUUUGAAAAGCAGAGUGCACUUUUCGCUUUGGCUGUCUCCGAUAUAGUGCUCAUAAACAUGUGAGGCUUUUGCUUUGCUCUAGUGAGAUACCGUUUCUGCUGCUGCAAUUUUAUCUACGAGGUUGUUGUUUUAGUAUUUUCCUAGUGCCCUUUUUACA